CUCAACCCACAGGCCACAAUCCCACAAACAGUUUUGCAAAAGCAAUUAAAGCAAAAUCAAAAUGGCUCUCAAUUUACAAGUUAAGGUGCAUCCAGUGGUUUUAUUCCAAAUUGUUGAUGCAUAUGAAAGGCGAAAUGCAGAUUCUCAUCGCGUCAUCGGAACCCUGCUUGGUACUACAGACAAAGGUAUCAUAGAAGUAACCAAUUGCUUUUGUGUACCUCACAAAGAAUAUGCUGAUCAAGUUGAAGCUGAACUAUUAUAUGCAAUGGAUAUCUAUGAGUUGAAUAAAAGAGUGAAUUCCAGUGAGGCUAUUGUUGGAUGGUGGGCAACAGGCCAUGAAGUAACAAAUCACAGCUCUGUGAUUCAUGAAUAUUAUUCACGGGAAUGCAACAAUCCUGUACAUGUUACUGUUGACACCAGCUUACAAAAUGGCAGGAUGGGUCUGAAAGCCUAUGUUUGUGUAGCUCUUGGUGUACCAAAUGGUAAGCAGGGCUCCAUGUUCACCUCAAUUCCAAUAGAUAUUGCCUGCUAUGAUCCAGAAGUAUUUGGCCUACAACUCUGUCAGAAGACCAUGAGUGUUGGUACUGGAAGGCCCAGGAAUGUCAAUCCAAUGUUGGAUUUAACACAGGUUGCCGAAGCUGGGAGUAAAAUGAGCUCCUUACUGGAUCAAGUACUAGGAUAUGUUGAGGAUGUACUGGCUAAUAGAGUGAAACCCAACAAUGCUAUUGGUAGAUCAUUGCUUGACUUGGUCAACUCUGUUCCACAUAUGAGUAAUGAACAGUUUUCUGAAAUGUUUAAUAGUAAUGUAAAGGAUUUGCUUAUGGUGAUCAGUUUGUCACAGCUAAUCAAAACACAGCUGCAACUUAAUGAGAAGCUGACCUUGUUAACUUCAAUCUGAAUAAAUAAUCAGAUAUCCUAUAAAAUGUUUCUUUUCAUCUACCU